GAUCGCGAGACGAUCCCGCCGCAGUCGCGAAUAUUAUCCGUGCCCGUUCGCAUUGAUGCGAUACGACGGAGCAUUCAGUCAGACGCACGUACAGCGAUGGCCGAUUUCGCUUCGGUUAUGCAAAAAGUUGAUAAGCCGGGGCCGGGGUCGACGAGCCUCCAGCUGGACGACCUGAGGCUGUACAAGGCCCGGUGGAUAAUACUGGUCGUGUACAUGCUGUACUCCAUGGCCAACGCCGUGCACUGGAUACAGUACAGCAUCAUAUCCAACAUCAUGGUGAAGUUCUACGGCGUGUCAAACUUCGCCAUAGACACCACGUCCACCAUAUACAUGAUCGUGUACGUGCCCCUGGUCGUACCGGCGUCCUGGAUUCUUGACCGACUGGGUCUCAAGGUGACGAUGGUGAUGGGAGCUGCUGGCACAUGUCUAGGCGCGUGGAUUAAAGUUCUUUCUGCUGUGCCAGGUCGAUUUUUGAUAACGCUGCUUGGACAAGGUUUGGUGGCGUGUUCACAAGCAUUCAUACUGAGUUUACCUUCCAGAUUAGCAGCGGUUUGGUUUGGAUCAACAGAAGUUUCCACCGCUUGUUCUUUAGGAGUUUUCGGCAACCAGCUAGGAGCAGCUCUAGGAUUCCUAAUUCCACCAAUGAUAGUGCAGGAUAGCGAUAACUUAGAUGAAAUAGGAUAUGAUUUAUGGAAAAUGUUUAUAUCUUUCGCUAUUUUGAAUACUGUAGUAUUCUUUUUAGUUAUUUGGAUCAUACAAGCCGAACCACAAAUAGCACCAAGUAAUGCCCAAGUUGUACAAAGGAAAAAAAGAGACGACCCAGCAAUAUUACAAGACGUAUUCAUGAGCUCGGUUAAAGAAUUGUUAAAAAACAAUGGUUACAUUUUAUUACUUAUAUCUUAUGGUAUUAAUGUUGGUGCGUUUUUUGCUAUAUCAACUUUGCUCAACCAAUUUAUUUUACUCUAUUUCCCGGGUCACGAAGAAGAUGUUGGACGAAUUGGCCUCACGUUAGUGUUAUGUGGCCUAGGCGGUUCGAUUAUAUGUGGCUACAUUCUAGAUAAAACACAUCUCUAUAAAGAGACGACCCUGAUGAUUUAUGGCGGUACUUUGAUCUCUAUGUUGAUCUAUACGUUCAGUCUGUCACAUGGUCAAUCUAUUUAUAUAAUAUACAUUACAGCUUCAUUAUUAGGGUUGUUUAUGACUGGAUAUCUACCCGUUGGGUACGAGUUAGCCAUCGAGUUGACGUACCCAAUUCCCGAAGGCACGUCCAGCGGUCUAUUAAACGGAGGUACUCAACUGAUUGGCUUCAUCUUGACAUCGAUUUAUAGCUGGGUAUUCAGCACCAUGGGCGAUUUGACGGCCAACAUGAUGAUCGUCGGAUUACUGACUUUCGGGCUCUUGUUGACCAUAUUCAUACCGACUGACCUGAAGAGGCAGGCCGCACACAAAGCGAUCGAAGACAAACAAAAAUUAGGAUUUGGACUUUGAAUAAUAUAAUAUUUUAUUAUAUUAGGUAUAUGUUAUUAUAUUAUACGUAAAAUAUUUAUUUAUUACGGUCUCCGUUGUUUCUUCUAUUGUUACCGGUUCAAUUUAUUGAUGUAUUCUAUCUAUUUUUAAUUAUUUUAUUAUUAUAUAUUAUAAUAUUGUGUACAUAUAUGAUAUAUUAUUAUUAUAAAUUUAUGAAAAAUAAAUAUGUGCAUACAAACGUGCCCACGAUCACGGACAACCAUCACGGUUUCCUGCGCCGAAUUCAUCGAGCAGAUAUUAUAUUAUAAUAUAUAGAAUACAAACUUCGAUGUUUAAAUCAAUAAAUAUAUUAUUUUAUA